CUCUGCCCGGAUCUCUUGUUACGGCCGCCAUUUUAAUACUCGGGUCGGACCGCGUAUUCAAUCUCUUUCCUUGCGUCUGUGCGCGCGCUUUUUUUUUUCUUCCCCUCGGCCCGUUCCCGCUAUGGAGGAGAACACCGACUACGGCAGUAGCAAUAACAACAAUAACACAAGUGCCGGCGGCGGUGGCGGCCAGGAAGAUUUCGCCGAAGGCUCUAAGAUCAACGCCAGCAAGAACCAGCAGGAUGACGGGUACGAGGGGGAUCGCAAUCAGGAGGAAGGGACAGCUUUGCCAAACGAUAAAAUGUUCAUUGGUGGUCUGAGCUGGGAUACAAGCAAAAAGGACUUGACAGAGUAUUUGUCUCGCUUUGGUGAAGUGGUGGAUUGCACAAUAAAAACAGAUCCUGUCACAGGGAGGUCAAGAGGGUUUGGGUUUGUGCUUUUCAAAGAUGCUGCCAGUGUUGAGAAGGUCUUGGAAUUGAAAGAACACAAACUGGAUGGCAAGUUAAUAGAUCCCAAAAGGGCAAAAGCCCUGAAAGGGAAAGAGCCACCAAAAAAGGUCUUUGUUGGUGGACUGAGUCCAGAUACAUCUGAAGAACAAAUCAAGGAGUAUUUUGGCGGUUUUGGAGAGAUUGAGAAUAUAGAACUUCCCAUGGACACAAAAACUAAUGAAAGGAGAGGCUUCUGCUUCAUCACAUACUCGGAUGAAGAACCAGUAAAGAAAUUGUUGGAAAGCAGAUACCAUCAGAUUGGUUCUGGCAAGUGUGAGAUCAAAGUAGCACAACCCAAAGAUGUAUAUAGGCAGCAGCAGCAGCAACAAAAGGGAGGCAGAGGUGCCUCAUCUGGUGGGCGUGGGGGAUCCAGAGGACGUGGCAGGGGUCAAGGCCAAAAUUGGAAUCAAGGGUAUAACAAUUACUAUGAUCAAGGAUAUGGAAGUUACAACAGUCCUUACAGUGAUCAAAGCUAUAGCAGCUAUGGGGGAUAUGAUUAUUCUGGGUACAAUUACCCAGGUUAUGGCUACAGCCAGGGAUAUGCUGACUACAGUGGACAGCAAAGCACAUAUGGAAAGGCAUCCCGAGGUGGCGGUAAUCACCAAAACAACUACCAGCCAUAUUAAAAGAAAUAUUUGGGAAGAAACAGCGGGAACUUCCUUGCAGGCCGUGUGUCACCCUGACCACGUCUAUCUCUGGGGGUCGCACGUUGCAGGCAGAGCGCAAGGCAUACACCAGAAAACGCUGUCCUGUGGUAUGGUCUCUUCCAACUUCAUGUACCAGCGUAAAGAUUAAAGUGGAAAACUUCAGACUUUGGCUUCUUUUUAAAAAAUGAAGAUUUAAGUGUCUUAACUUAACUUAAAAUGGUUUUUUACAGGAGUUAAAGUGCAUAAAUGCCUUUACAGCUUAAUCAUUUUUGGCCUUCUGUUUAGUGUUGUAUAUCAAUUGUGGACCUCAUUUUAAGUGUUCGUUCUUUAAGAUUUAAUGCUUGCUUUUUUUCUUUUAUAGCUAUGAGUGAAAUCUACAAACCAAAACGAACUUUUAAAUCUGGGAACUUUAAAGAUCAUGUGCAGUGAGCAGUUUCUAUUUUAACCACCUGGCUAACAAUAAUUUUCCUUGCUGUAUUGCCAUUUUCUAUUUUCAUUAGCGGUUGAAGCUAUGAAAGAUUCUUUCCACAGCUUGGUUUCUAGUAAACCAAGAACUGCUUUGCUGAGCUUCUACAGUUCUUUGACAUAGCUCCAUCGUUUGAGCUGAACUGGUCAACCGGGAUGUAAAAUGUAAUUGGGUGAUCAAAAGUAUUUCAUGUUGACAGAUGCAUAUGAUCUUUAACGGUGAAGCAAGGAAUAAAUAGAGGACUUAAAGCAGUUCAUGAAAAUGGACCUUUUAAAAAUUCUUCCAAACGUUUCACACAGGUCUCAUAAUGAUUUUGUCUUGGUUUUAUAGGUAGAGACUACAGCAAAGCCAUCUUGCAGAACUUAAAGGACUGACUGGAGGGGGUAGUCUUCGUGACAUGAAAUUGUUUUGUAAAAGACUUUUAGUGUAUGACACAGCAGUGUCUAACUGUACAUAGUGACUGGCUAGUUUUCUUUAUGGUUUUUACUUUUUUGUCCUUUUGUCAUCUGUGUUACGAUGCCAAUGUGGUUCUUGUGUUUAUACAAUUUUAUUUGUAUAAUUUCUUGUUGAAUGACUCAAAUAAAAACUUACCUUCUGUGACUGUUGCAUUUUGAGGUUGUGCUCUUGGCACUGCUGUAUAGUAGCAAGAGGUGAACAGUUUUUGAGACGCCGUUGCCAUGCUUCCUACAGAUGCUGGGACUUGAAGGUCAGCAGCAACUGGAGUGCCGUGUUACGGAUAUGUACCUGGACUAGAAAAUUGCAGUGAGGAGGCUGCAAACAGAGAAUGAUUAUUCAAAAGAGUAGUAUCCUGUGUUGUAACGCCUUAUGAUUUGUUAUAAUUUUGUUAACUGCUGGGAAUCUUCAGUAUAGAAAUGUUAAUAAAUAAAUUUUCAUGCAUUGAAAUGA